ACGAUCAUUGUGCGCCUAAAGAAGAGCUUCCACGUGCCACCACAACCGUCACGUGAUACCACACCCACCGUUCCCUGUCUAUAUAUUUUCUUCUGGAACUUUCGGACUCUUGCUGUCUUUGUUUGAUCUCUCUACCUCACCGAAAAAGCUAGUCUUUGAAACAUUUCCGGAUCGUCUUUGAACUGCGAUGGCGACCAAGAGGAGCGUGAGUACUUUGAAGGAGGCUGACUUGAAGGGGAAGAGGGUAUUUGUUAGAGUUGAUCUGAAUGUUCCUUUGGAUGACAACUUCAACAUCACCGACGAUACCAGAAUCCGUGCCGCUGUGCCUACCAUCCGAUACUUGAUUGAUAAUGGAGCAAAAAUCAUCCUUGCCAGCCACUUGGGGCGCCCGAAGGGUGUCACACCCAAGUACAGUUUGAAGCCUCUUGUGCCUAGGCUGUCUGAGCUCCUUAAAGUCGAGGUUAAGAUAGCAAAUGACUGUAUUGGUGAGGAAGUCGAAAAAUUAGUUGCUGGGCUUCCUGAAGGAGGCGUUUUACUUCUAGAGAACGUGAGGUUCUACAAGGAGGAAGAGAAGAAUGACCCUGAGUUUGCCAAGAAGCUAGCUUCACUUGCAGAUCUCUAUGUGAAUGAUGCAUUUGGUACUGCCCAUAGGGCCCAUGCUUCCACUGAGGGAGUUGCUAAGUACUUGAAGCCUUCUGUUGCUGGAUUCCUCAUGCAAAAGGAACUUGACUAUCUUGUUGGAGCUGUGGCCAAUCCCAAGAGACCUUUUGCUGCUGUUGUUGGUGGUUCAAAGGUGUCGACUAAGAUUGGAGUUAUAGAAUCCUUGUUGGGGAAGGUAGACCUUCUCUUUUUGGGUGGAGGGAUGAUUUUUACUUUUUACAAGGCUCAAGGCCAUUCUGUUGGAUCAUCCCUUGUGGAGGAAGACAAACUGGAUCUUGCAACAUCACUUCUUGAGAAGGCCAAGGCUAAAGGGGUGUCUAUACUGCUCCCCACAGAUGUGGUUAUUGCUGAUAAGUUUGCUGCUGAUGCUAACAGCAAGGUUGUGCCAGCAUCUGGAAUUCCCGAUGGUUGGAUGGGAUUGGAUAUUGGACCAGAUUCCAUUAAAACAUUCAGUGAAGCUUUGGAUACCACUCAAACUGUUAUUUGGAAUGGACCAAUGGGUGUUUUUGAGUUUGAUAAGUUUGCAGCUGGAACAGAGGCAGUAGCCAAGAAGCUGGCUGAGCUGAGUGGCAAGGGAGUGACAACCAUCAUUGGAGGAGGUGACUCAGUUGCUGCCGUGGAGAAGGUUGGGCUUGCUGACAAGAUGAGCCACAUCUCCACCGGAGGAGGUGCCAGCUUGGAGCUUCUCGAAGGGAAACAACUACCUGGUGUGCUUGCUCUUGAUGAUGCUUAAGCUUAUUGUGCAUUCCCCAGUUUUUUGCGAUUUUAUGCAAUCUCAAGACCAGAGGAUUGAGAUACAGCUUAUCUUGUAGAGGCUAUAUAGGAUAGAUUUGAAUAAGUGCUUUUUCUCAUGGUUACCUUGCUUUGAAUAUGGGGAUCUUUUUUGGAACAAAGUUGUCAAAGAUUUUAAGUGAUAAAAGUGUUCAUUGUUGAUUUUAA